AGCGCGUGAUGCGGUGACGUCACGGCAUAUGACUUGUGUAUGUGUGUGAGAUUCUUGGCAGUGAAGUGUACGGUGUGAGUCCUGGCACGGUGUUCCCCGCUCUGUCGCUGGCUUCUACAGGCGCCCCUUUUUCUCAGUAGGACUCGGGAGAUGAGGAGAAUGGAGACAGCCGGGCACAGGAGGCUGUGGGAGGCCGUGCUGGUCAUGGCGCUGGUCCUCGGUGUUCUGCAAUCUGCCUCCUGUGUUACAUUUGAAGUCAAAGAUUCAGCUAACAAAACCUGCAUAAUGGCCGACCUCUCUGUUAAUUUCACAGUUGAAUACAGUGCUGGUACAAAACAGGCGAAGGCAUCCUUUGAGUUACCAGGCGAUUCGACUGUAGGUUCAAACAGCACUUGUGGCAAAGAUAAAGAAGCACCGCUUCUAGUUAUUGUGUUUGGAAAUCAUUCCCUCAGCAUAAACUUCACCAAGACUGAUGCACAGUAUCAAGCUGAUGAGCUUGUAUUUACAUAUAAUCUUUCCGACAAAGUUCGCUUCCCUGACGCAGCUGAAAAUGGAACUAAGGAAGUAGCUACGAAUAACAGUGCAAUAAUUGCCAAAACAAACUUUGUCUAUCAUUGUAUCAAUCCACAUCAACUCAUUUUGGGAAACGUCAACCUCACAUUUUAUGCAGUCAAGUUGGAAGCAUAUCUGAACAAUAACACAUACAGUAAAAAUGAAUCUCGCUGCAGUGAAGAUGCAACUCCUACCAGUGCUCCCACCAGUGCUCCCACCAGUGCUCCAGCUCCUUCGCCAACCACUGUGCCAGUAAAACAACCGGAUGUUGGGGAAUAUAGAGUUAACGAUUCUACUGGGGCAGCUUGUUUAUUGGCAAAAGUGGGCUUGCAGCUUAAUCUCACCUACCUCAGAUCAGAUGGUAAAGUGGUUUUUAAGGAAAUAAAUAUUAUUCCGAAAAACAUGAGCGUCGAUGGCAAGUGCCUUAAUGGCUCAGCAUCCCUGACCCUUUCCUCUAAGGAAGUUUUCCUCUCGUUCAACUUCACACUGAACACAACUGUUAGCAAAUUUUACCUUGGAGAAGUCAAUCUUAGUACCACUAUUGAUGAUGCAAAAGUACCCAAGUUUACUCAAGAAAAUGGUAGUCUUUUGUACCUGCAGACUACAGAGCGCAAGUCAUACAAAUGUAACAGUAAGCAAACUUUCCAGAUAACAGAAAACUUUUCUAUUGACACCUACAACCUUCAGAUCCAGGCCUUUGAUAUAAAUGAAAACAAGUUUGGACCCGCUGUGGAAUGUGCAGAAGAUCAGAAUGGCAUGUUGGUGCCCAUCGUGGUUGGUGCUGCUCUUGCUGGUCUCGUCUUAAUUGUGCUGAUUGCAUAUCUCAUUGGAAGAAGGAGAAGUCAUGCUGGAUAUCAAACAAUAUAAUUGAAGUAUUUUCCUUUUUGGUGUAAAUUUUACCACUAGCUCUAUAAAGAAUUGCAAUGAGCCAACAUUCUUAAUUGGGGAGUUUCAUUUGUGCAAGCAAGAUUUCAUGCAAACUGCUUUAUAUUUUGAUGUUUUUAAACGUAAACUGCCAUCGGAAAGCAUAUAUUUACUAUGCACAACAAAUCUGGUCAAAAAACAUUUUCUUUUUAUUUUUUUCAGGGGGAGGGGGGGUUCUUAUCAAAGGUAGGAAAGUCUUCAAGUGCUUUAAAAUGAUAAAGGUAUUUUCACUUGUGAAUGCACUAUAAUCAGUUUCAAUAACAGUCAACUUGCUCGAAAAGGGAAUUUAGUUCAAUACUACGGUUACUAAGUACUGCAGGGCACUCUGCAUCAAAAUGGAAAUGACUUAACAUCUAUCUAAAUGUAACAGGUUGUGGUGUUUUCUUUUAGUUCCAGCUAUCUUACCUUUCUCAUACACAGCUAGAAACAAGAGUCAAUCACGUGCUCAUGCGGGGCAUUAACAAUGCACUAUUUUUAAUUAUUCAAUGUCUUGUUUGCUGUUCUUGAUGCUCUGCUUUUUCAGAGCUGUUAAUUUUCUAAAACUAUAAACUGGGCGUGUCUUCUUUUUUUUUUUUUCUUUUUCUGAAACUUUAUUUUUUUUUGGUUAAAAUUUUUGAAAGAUUGAGAGGAAUUUUUCUGCACAUGUGUACAGUAUAGACAUGUGUAUAUGUGGAUUGCCUAGCUUGAUGCUUGGUUGGGGUUGUAUACUGCAAAAAAUAUUUGCAUUGCCUUAACAAUGCUAAUAAAAAAUGUUUUCUUUAA